AUGGCAGCUACCACGGGGUCGGGAGUAAAAGCCCCUCGCAAUUUCCAACUGUUGGAAGAACUCGAAGGGCAGAAAGGAGUAGGAGACGAUGGCACAGUUAGCUGGGGCCUAGAAGAUGAUGAAGACAUGACACUUCCAAGAUGGACAGGGAUGGUAAUUGGGCCUCCAAGGGUGGACCCAAGAGCCAUAUCAGUGCUAGCAAAAUGGCAGAAUUCAUAUAGCAUCAAAGUUGUUCUGCAAGAGCUUCAGCGUUUAAUGAUGUCUAAAGAAAAUAUGAAACUUCCUCAGCUGUCUGAAGGACAGUGUUACAGCAAUUAAUCAAAAACCCUACAGGCCCUCCCCACCAGCCUGCACCCCAAUUCGAUUUAAACAGUCUUCAUUUUCCACAGUAGUAAAUUUUCUAGUUACAUCUUGUAGACCUCAAAGUACUGGAAAGAAAGCUCCCAUUCAAGGCAGUCUAUCUUAAGAUACUGUAAAUGAUACUAAUUUUUUGUCCAUUUGAAUAUAUAAGUUGUGCUAUAACAAAUCAUCCUGUCAGGUGUAACCACUGUCCACACAGUUGAACUUCUGGGAUCAAGAAAGUAUAUUUAAAUUGAACCCCAUCUGGACUGAUGGGGUGCAUCUAACUUAACUGUGAAAAGACACGU